AUGAGUGUCUGAAGAAGGGUCUCGACCCGAAACGUCACCCAUUCCUUCGCUCCAGAGAUGCUGCUUGUCCUGCUCAGUUGCUCCAGCAUUUUGGGUCUAUCCUUGCUCUUAGCCAGGUUACUCGAGAUACUUCAAGUACUAACCUGUCUACUCAAAAUACUUUUUUUUUUCAAUCUGCAUUUUAUGUCAAAUGCCGUUUAUGUUCUUCUUACGACCGGGCAAUGAUGCAUUCCAUAGUAAAGUUGCAUUUGAAGAGAGUUCUGGCGAGCAGAGGGUUAACUUCUGAUUGAGUGUAGAGGGAGAAAGAGAUUGAGGCCUGGUGUGUCUGUUGCCGCUGCGGCCACGGGAGGGAAAAGUUUGGCGAAAAGUAUUUCGCGGAAGUUUGGGGGGGGAUAAAGGAACUUUCAACCGAGCCUUUCCACGGUGAAAACCCACACUGACAGAAGAUCCGGGACAAAGGUCUCACAAAGAGCUCGGAAACUUAUGAGGAGGAACAAAAAGCACAGGAAAAUAGAAGGCACCCGCAGGAGCUCAACCCCACCCCCCCACACAAGGAAUAGUUUCGGUAUCAGAGAGACGCGGUGAGUUCCUAAUACUUGACCUCGCGCGUAUCCAAGCCAGAGACAGGAGAAGCUCAGCCUGUGUUGGACUUUGCUUGUGAUUUGACGGCGGCCGGAGAACGUUUCCCCCCUCUAUAUCUCUGCCUGGAUCCUAUUCCCACUCUCCCGCCUCGGUUCACCUGGGAGAGGAAGUCGGCUCCUUCCGGCCGUGUGAGUGGACCAGCGGGCUCGGCACCAAACUUCCUAUUGAAAGCACCUGCGUUGUAAACGGGGCAGAGAAGCAACCUCAGUGACGGGGAUAAUACAGCAACAACACAAACCCGACCGACUUCCAUGAAGUUUCAAUUUCUGGAAAAUUGCCUCUUUUUAAAACAAAGAUAGAGAACAAUCCAACAGCCAACCUGAGCGGAAAUUGGAGAAAGGAUUAAGUAUUUUGAAUUUAUUUGAACUACUUUUGUUACCAGAAAGACUGUUUCACCUGUCUUUCCAUUGUCUGAGGAUGAGGAGCGUGUAAGUGGAGUUGAGAGGAGGAUUGUCAGCAUUUGGCUCCGGAGCGAAGCGCCUUUGGCAGCGGCCCUCGCACCCAGGUGUGCGGGCGGGCAGUCAGUCGCUCACCUGUGCUCCCCGCGGCUUCUGCCACCGCCAGCAUGAAGGUGACGGUGCAGUUCGGCCGCACGGGCAUCGUCGUGCCUUGCGGGGACGGGACCCUCAGCGUCAAGCAGCUCAUUCACCAAGCCGUCCAGAGAUACUGCAAGAACACCGCCAAGGAUGCUGGCUAUUCGAUUAAGAUUCACCAUUUGGAGUAUAUGGAUGGAGGGAUACUAGAUCCAGAUGAUGUACUGAUAGAUGUUGUGGAAGACAAAGAUAAGCUUGUGGCUGUGUAUGAAGAACACGAGGCACAUCGUGCGGAUGAAGUCGCCGAUGGCAGUGUGACUGACAGGCAUAGUCCGGACACGUUUGAGAGAGAGCUUGCAGCUCAGCUUGCAGCUUUUCAACCCAUUACAGGAGAAAUCGAAGUUACCCACUCCGCGCUGAAAGCCAGCACGCCACUCCUCGUACGGCGAAGCAGUGACCCACAUCUCGUACCACCCGCUCAGUUCCAGCAAGAUGCAUCUCAACCUGAUGAUCCCAAUAACAGGAACCUGAUUGUGAAGCCAAUCAUAACAAGACCGAACUGGACACCUACAGAUGAUGUAAGAUCAGAUCUUCCGACAUCACCAGUCACGCAUCCAAAAAGCACUUUAAGUGAUUUGACAAAGAAGGUAGAGUUUUCUGGAGAUGGCGGUCCCUUGGGAAUUCAUGUGGUGCCCUUUAAUUCUACGCUGAGUGGAAGAUUCCUUGGCCUGUGCAUUCGCGGUAUUGAAGAGAAAAGUCGUUCGAGAAAAGAGAAUCUGCUCCAAGAGAAUGAGUGCAUCAUCAAAAUAAAUGACAGUGAAUUAACGGACAAAGCCUUUGUUCAAGCACAAGAGAUUUUUCGAAAAGCACUACAAUAUCCUGCUGUUGAACUCCAAAUAGUUCCAAGUUAUAACAGGGAACGCUAUGAAAAAUCUGCAAUUGGGUCUAUUCUGAGCCACAUUCAUGAGGAUGAUUCAAAAAACAAAAUUCCUCCUACGCUAGGUUUUAAGCCACCCGGCAAACCUGCAGAUUUGUUUUAUCCCAAUAAUGCUGAGGAGAGCUCACAGUUGAUUUCGAAGAAGAUUAGUAGCCCGAAACAGUUGAGGAGCAAUCACCACUCCACGCAUUCCGGGAAAGCAUCCUCACCAACAUCAAUUGGGGGACUUGGAAACAAGAAACAAGGAAAAAAGAUUAAAAUUGAUUUGAAAAAAGGUUCAGAAGGUCUUGGUUUCACAGUAGUCACCAGAGAAUCAAGUGUGCAUGGACCUGGUCCUAUUCUGGUCAAAAAUAUUCUACCAAGAGGAGCAGCAGUUAAAGAUGGGAGACUGCAGACUGGAGACAGGAUCUUAGAGGUGAAUGGCGUUGAUAUCAUGGGGAAAACUCAGGAGGAGCUGGUUGGAAUGCUGCGCAGCACUAAACAUGGAGAGACUGUUUCACUUGUGGUUGCACGCCAAGAAGAUAUCUUCAUACCCCGAGAAUUGAAGGGGGAACAGAACUGUAACCUCCCAGCUGACGAUAGAAAAGAGCACCUGACCUUUGAGAUCCCACUCAAUGACUCUGGUUCUGCUGGACUGGGCAUCAGCCUUAAAGGAAACAAAUCGAAAGAGACUGGAGCUGACCUUGGCAUAUUCAUUAAGGCUAUUCUUCAUGGAGGGGCAGCUUUCAAGGACGGGCGUCUACAUAUCAAUGAUCAGCUGAUUGCUGUUAAUAGCGAACACCUGCUAGAUAAAUCUAACCACGAGGCCUUGGAAACAUUACGACGAUCCAUGUCAAUGGAGGGAAACAUCAGAGGAACGAUCAAGGUAAUGGUGGCCAGGAGGAUGGAGAAUCCCCAUGAGGAUCGUCCGGAGAUUGGUGUUGUGCAGCUCCACAAUGCUCGCCGCAUGAACAAUCCCAGCCACAUACAUACUCAGUCACCUGAUCCUCGAGAGAGGGAAACAUUAGCCUACGACGAGGGAGAUUUUGAAGUUCCGCCUCCCAUUCCACCACAUCCAAAUGAAGAAGAAGUUAUGGGUGUGCCCAAAAUGCGGCUGUUUCGUGAAGAUAAAAGCUUGGAGCUUAAUUCCAUUUCUCGACUGCAGCAGAGAUCCCUGGAUGGAGCUUUAGAAAGUCAGCCUAGUAUCACUAUCAAGCGGCAAUCUCCUGGAAAAAUCAGCGGCUCCAAAAGCAUGGAUCUGGUGGCUGAUGAGAGUAACGUUGGAUCUCUGGCUGUGCACCAAUAUGAUUCCACGGGGAAAGAUGUGGGUCCUAUGCUGGGUUUGAAGAAGUCUAGCUCUCUCGAGAGUUUGCAGACAGCUGUGGCAGAGGUCAGGAAGAAUGAACUCCCUUUCCACAGACCCCGGCCUCACAUGGUCCGUGGACGAGGCUGCAACGAGAGCUUCAGGGCUGCAAUUGAUAAGUCUUAUGACGGACCAGAACCUACAGAUGAUGCAGAUUCUGAAGACAGUUCUCAGUCAGGCCACGAGACCCCGGGCAGUGAAUCUGCUUUGCAGGGGACCGCUGAGCUUGAAGAUGUGGAGAGCUCUGAUAGUAAGACGAAAAAAGGGAAAAAGAAGAAAGAGAAGAAAAAAAAGGUGAAAGCAAAAGGAAAGGACAAAAAGAAGGAAAAUGAGAGUCAAGAAAAGAAAGCCAAGAAGAAAGGAUUUGGAGCUAUGCUUAGAUUUGUGAAGAAAAAGGAAGACAAAGGGAAGGAACAAAAGACCAAGCAUAAAAGUGAUGUCUUGAAUGAAGAAGAGCUGGAGAGAAUGAAAGAAGAGCGUGACAGGAUUGAAGCCAAGCAUCAAGAGCUCAGAGAGAAGCAAGCACGAGAACGAUGUGAUCAGUUUCCUUCCGCUGGUCUCUCGGUACCUGACAUUGAAGACGAUGACAUGGAUCCGAACUAUGCCCGAGUGAAUCACUUCCGGCAGCCACCCUCGCCCCACGGUGGAUUCAAGCCCCCUUCCCCACUGCUGCACCUAAUGAAUCCACCUCAAAAUCUGAGUCCAGAACCAGAGAACCUGGAUGGACUGUACGCCAAGAUCAACAAGCAGCGGCCUCCUGUACCUGAAAGUUCAAGACCAACUAACAUGGAACGUAUCCACCAGCUGAGGAAGGAGUAUCACCAGGCCAGGAGGGAGGGUGCUGUUCCAUCGUACGAAGAGCACGAAGGCAGGUGGCGGCCUGGAGACUAUGAGCCCACUUGGGUACAGCUUCCUGUUAAAGGACCAAAUGGUCGCCCUAGAUUUGAAGAACUAGAACACCAGUACACCACUCUGCCAAGGCAUGUUCCUGGAGACCCAGAGGAAUAUCAGCUCCGAGCUUCCUACGGUGACAGAGAACCUCCCAGGUACCUAAGCACCCAACACCACGCCGUUGGAUACCCGCAUCAAGGGAACUAUCCGCGGCAUGCUGCUGACGCUCGCCUGGAUCCCAGGAUGCCUGAUUACGUGAGCAGUGCCAGACUACGGGAGGCAGUGUACAAUCCACCAGCGCACUACAAGGGACCCCAUAGGCAUGACGUGCCUCCGUCCCCAACACAGACUUUUAAGAUGCCUCGCUACCACGACCAGGGCAAGGUGACGUACAGGGAGGGUAGCCCGGAGCGAUACAGGUAUCCCUACCAGGAUGGCCGGCAUCAAGACCCCAGGCAAAAGAAUGGCAUGACUGCGGCUGUCUAGCCUGGAGGUGAUGCCAAGACGUUGCAUUAUCACACAAGGGCGGCACGUCAACAGGCAUGGUCCUCCACUGCUCCUGUCCCAUCAGCCAGAGAAAGACUAUUUUAUCCCCCCCUUUUAAGAAUAGGUUUAUGUCCCCGAAAUAAGAAUGAAAAUAAACCAUGAAGCGCCAUCCACCCUGACUGGGUUUUCGAACAAUGCUACAGGAAGAAGCUGACUGAAAUUAACCCUGAAGUGGGGGGAUGCUCUUCCCAUAGUAGGGACCUGAUAAUGCAAUGGCCGAUUCUUUCUCAGAAUAUCACCUCACAGCUAUGUUGAUUCGGCUGCAAGGUAUUUGGGCCUCUGUAUAACAUUAAAAGUGGCAUGCCUUAUAACUGUAUUAACGACAUGUUACUGGGCUGGAAGGUGAUCACAUGCUUCAGAUGAGCUUUUAAAGAGACUUCAUAUGAACUAUUGAACCAAAUGUAAUCAUUACCUCCUCUUCUAGGUAUUCUCCCUGUAUUACUGUAUUAUACGUUGAAAAGAUUUGCCAUUCAUAAAUAGGCAGGUCUUCGACCAUUCUGUGAAGGAUUGUACAUGAUAUUAUUGGUAUGAAUGCCAAGCCGAGAUUCUAAUGACCUGCAAAGUUUCAGUCAAGAAGAACUUUGCCAAGCCAUUGGGGUACAGACUUUAGAAGUGUGACACCAACUCUGCUUGUUUACUGCUACAUUAAGGUAUUAACCAAGAAGAAACAUUAUGAAUGCCACAGUUUUUGACCAGUUUCCCUGAUAUGGUAAAUGGUGAAUGUUUAUUGUUAAUCCACCCUCUAUUUUCUCUCAAGUAAGUAGUCUCCGUUAUCAGCGGCCCCCAAGAGUUGAUAAGUCUUCCAGCAUCUCUUUUAGAUGACGUCACUCCCAGCCUCAUUCAGCCGCAGCUAUUCAAUUUAUUAUGUCUCCACAAACCAAGCAAUAAUAUUCCUUUUAAUAUGUCAAAUGCGCCUGUAAUAUCUGGUAGAUAGCAAGAUAUAAUUUGUGAUUUCAGAGUGACUGCUAGUUUCCAAGCCUGUUCUCCAUCUGCUAAGAGAUGCCGUUUAGUAUGUUCCAGGGAAUCAUCAGCCCCCUGUCACCAUGUAAUGAAGUCAUGCAGUUGGUUUAAAAUAUAUAGGACAGCCAUAAAUGUCAGUUUAAGAGGGCUUUUGUAAUUAACUUUAAUUAAAACUGGCUUUUUUCACCUGUAAUUAAAUAGAAAAUGUAUUUCUGGGGCUUAAGGCGUAUUUUGUGCAGGAGAAAUAUGUUGAGAGAAAGAAUUAAACUCCUGGUCGCAAUGCAACUUCAGUUAGUAUCAAAUAUCUAGCAUGAUGCCAGAUCUGAUGACAAAAGGCCUCCAGUCAUACUCUCUCUUCAGUGUGGCUGGCUCGUGAAUUGUAUGUAUUGCGACUGAGCCAAACAAAUGAGAAAGGUCUAAUUGCUGAUUUAUGCUGGGCGAGAUCAUUUUGGCCAGAUUGUCUGAGUGUGGAAGGGGCAACCAGAUCUGUCAACCUGCUAUUGCUAAGUUACCCAGAUAUUUUUGCCUCUCACUCACUCGUGCCCAGCCCCACGAGGAACAUAUUUGUCUGCUAAUCCCCUGAGAUGCACCUGCUGUCACCUCCCUUGGUUCCAUGUACCUCAGUCACUCGCUGCUUAGUUGCUGAGAUAAGAUCGUGAAAAGUUACCAAGAUGAGGUAGCCAGCAAAUGGACACAAAAGGAGAUGGGAAGAAAUGCUACCUCACCAACUCUUUCCCCACUGCCCUGCCCACAUCAUGCAAUCAAUUAUUAUUAUUAUUAUUAUUAUUGUUCAAAGAAUGAAAAAAACAUCUGCUUGAUAAAUCGAUUCCCUCUGGGAUAUUGUGCAGGUUUUCAUUACAAUUUGAUUGGCCUCUGAAUGAUGCAGCAAUGGAACAAUUUACAUUUGCUUGAAGCUUUCAGUGUGUGAUUAGUUAUCAUUUUUUGAUGACCCAUUGGGUCCUGAUUAACUAAUCCAUUACAUGUGGUUUCAGUAUGCCAGAAUUUCAUUAAUGUGGUUUUCCACCACAGAAUCAUUACCUAAGAGAGAGCAAUAGAGAGAAAGAGAUGGCUGUAAUUGAAUUGUGGUCACCUUGAGUGGAUCUUGCAAUAACACUAAAGCCUGUGACAUCAUGGGAACGGGAGAAGACCUUUUAUUCCACAAGUUAAUUCCACCAUAUCUUUAUUUUUGAUGACCAUAUACUUCACCUAAUCUGUGAGUAGAAUCAAGGAGGCUCCUUAAACAGGUGAUUCUUGGUUCAUGGGAACAUACGGCAUAGAAAUGCCCUUCGGCCCACUAUGUCUGCCCUGAUCAUUAAGCACCACUUAUGCUAAAGCUACACUAAUUCUAUUUUAUCCUCCCCAACAUUCCCAUCAACUCCAUUCAGAUUCUACUACUCUCCCACUCAACCUGCACUUCUUUUUGAGAUGUUUGAGGAGACCAGAGCACCCAGAGGAAACCCACUCAGUAACAGGGUAAACUCCACACAAACAGGACCCUCAGUGGGGAAUGAACCUGUCACUGGAGCUGUGAAGCAAGAGCUCUAUUCGCUGCACAAUUGGACAGCCCCAAUGAUAAAGGAAUAGCCAUUCCUUCCCUCAAACAUGAUCUGCUGUUUGGUUAGAUUAUGGCAAAUUUGUACCGAUUUCCAUCUUAAUCUUGAAUAUCAAACUUCCUCAACAAUCCAAAUGACUGCUCUAAUUUUGUUGUGUUCCUUUACCCUGAACUUACCUAUUGAGGAAAUAUUUCCCACGGUUCUCUUUUUGCCAUCUACAAAAUUUCCUCACCUCUUCUAUUCUUAAGGGAAAGUCUCUCUUGUAGUGCCAGCCCCUACCCAAUGCCUUGAUAAAUUUGCAACAUUAAAAUUACUGUUUCAACCCAUUUUGGUGUUGUAUCCUUCAUAUGAGGUGGUCUCUAUGCUACAGUAUCUGCAGUGACAAGCUACUUUCCUGUUUCUAUUUGCAUUUUUUUUUUAAGGUCUGGAGCUUUGGCAAAUUUAGCUGUAGCUCAGUAAAUCUCUCUCCUUGCUCAUGUGAUGACACUGUGAUGGAUGCCCAGUUGCAGCACUUUGUUAAACUCUGCCUGUUCAGAAUAUCCUCAGGUGAACGUUUGAAAGCUCGGUUCUCAAGAGAGAUGAAAUGCUGUAGCAGAAGUAGAGAAUAAUGGAGAUUCAGGAGCAAAGAACAGGCUGCAAUCACUGUUAUUAAGAGUUGAAAUAUCUCCUGUAUAGAAGAAUUGACUAGGCGCGUGUGAUUGCUUUUUUCUAAUCUAAUGAAAAUGUAAAGAAGUUUUUGACAAAGUGUUCUACCCAGAACUUCAGCUUGACUUUCCUAAUUGCAUCUGAUGACUAGUUUUCUGUUCAUCGUGCCUGGAAUCUAACUUAAAUGUUGAUAUUUUAAAGAUAAGGAAUAAUGGAUAAUCCAGGGUGAUUACAAAUAUAUUCAUAAUUGAUGUCUAUAAUGUAGAAUCUGGGCUGCCAUUCAGAACGACUGCUGUUGAUCACUUGUAAAUGACUUCUGGAUAUUCAUUCCAAUGAUGGGUUGGAAUGAGAUAAUAAAGACUGUCCGGAUACUGAAA